AUAAUUUCCACAUGAAACUCUUGGAAGUUGGAACCCACCGCCAGUAUACACUCUACCAGUCUCUCCCUACACUGCCGUAUCCGUAUAAAACCCAAGGGAAAUCAAACCGGUCGUCUUCGCAAUGCCCAUCGCAAGUCAACUACUAUAUGCUAACUUGCGCAUAUUACCUACCCCAUCGCUUCCUCUCCUACGAUCAACGCCGUCCGUUCCGUUGUCAUUCGACGGUUUCCCCGCCUCAUCUCUGUCCUGCUCCAUUUGUACUAAAAGCUUGUCCUUAACAGAGAAGGGUAUUAGACCGUUUGGAUCUCGCACGAAAGCAUCAAUGGCUGAUUUUGUUACUGGGGAGAGGAAGGCCAAAGUACAAGUGUUCGAUUCCGAAGAGGAGUUAAAGGCGUCUUUGGCGAAAUACACUUCCGAUUUAUCGGAGAAAAUUUGCAAAGAGAGAGAUUCCUUUUCCGUAGUUUUCUCCGGUGGGUCGCUCAUCAAGUGUCUCGGGAAAUUGCUGGAACCUCCUUAUGUUGACUCUGUAGACUGGUCGAAAUGGCACAUUUUCUGGGUGGAUGAGCGUGUAGUUCCGAAGAAUCAUCCCGAUAGCAAUUACUUGCUGGCUUAUGAUGGUUUUCUAUCAAAGGUAUCCAUUUCUGCUGAUAAUGUGUAUGCCAUUAAUGACGUGUUGUCUGCUAAAGGUGCAGCUGAUGAUUAUGAGACCCGUCUCAAGCAUUUGGUCAAAACCAAAAUAGUGCGUAUGUCUGAGGCUAGCGGUUUUCC